AUGGACACAGCAGCCUUGGUCUGGCCAAGGCAGCUGUGCCAUAUUGCAUUUGCCCCGCAACCUACGAGGCGGCCAGACUCGAGCGUACGGCGCGUAGCGUUUCGCGCGCGCCUCCAAGAGCCAAUAGACCACCACAGACAGCCCUAUAGGGCUGAUGUUCAGCCAAGGUUGCGGGGUAAGCGCAAUGAGGCACCGCGACCUCGGCCCAGAGCAGGAGAUGGAACAGGGGGGUUUUUACCGAAAGCAUGGAAGAAGAUGCAAAAGAAAGAGCGAGAAGCCUGGCUCGUCCAGAGGAUAGAAGAGUGGAGAGCGGAAAAAGAAGCUGAGAAACAAGCAAUCCUGGCGGGGGCAAAGGAGAAACGCGCUGCCCUUCAGAGGGAGCGCAAUGAGCUGAUGGCAGCCGAACUAGCUGAGCAAGAAGUCAGGAGAGAUCUGCUUCAGAAGACCGUCAAUUUGUUUCAAAGUUUUGAAAGGCAAAAAAUGAGGUACGAACAGAAAAAGCAAGAGGUAGCAGAGUGGCAGCAAUAUCUCCGGUGUGAUGGGCUCCCGGACCCUCGCGUGGUGACAGAACUGAACACCUUCCUCCACCUCUGGAAGCAGAACGAAAAAUCUGAUGAUGACGAACUGGACAAGAAAUUCGUGGAAGUUCUCCCGGUCGGCAAACGAGCUUUCGGAUCACCUGAUGGUAAGCAAUCAACGCCGCCUAUGGACACCCGCAACAACAGAGGAGUUGCAAGUACGUUGCCAGGCCUUUUGGAGAUGGAGGGGAAAGUUUUGGCCUCGGGUAAUCUCACUCACACAGCGAAACACAACGCUGCGACUCCAGUCGAGAUUUUGGAGAUGCUUGAAAUCAUUCUUCAUAACUCAAGACGGUUUACACAGAGGCAGGUCAAUAAUUAUGAGGAGGUCCGUUUAGCUCUUAGGGCGCAACUAGCCAGCGCUAUAGAAAUGGCAUCUUAUUCCCUUCUUCGAAACAUUGAGAAAAACCUAGUAUUUGAAUCAACGAAAGUGGCGACUUACCAGAGAGAGUUCAAGGGAAUGCGGUUGAACAUUUGGGUUGCUGUAAAAUGGCCUACGAAGAAACCGAAACCAGUGGAACAUGAGCCGGAACCUGUAGAACUGUCUUUUCCGUCAAUGAAAGUAUCAGUGAAAUUACCGAAGAUAAUAGACGGGUCCUGCGUGUGCGUACGGGCGGCUCGCUCCGAAAUCGAUCUGCUUAGCGAACUAUCAAAAAGUUUCGCUCUAAAAGCUGAUAUUCCGAACAGAUAUCAAGAUCUUUUUAUAUUUAGUGUAAAAGAACUAAUUGAAUCUCAAAAGUUGAAAAAGUUUCAAGACGAGACGAGAGCCAAGUUCUACAAGGAUGUCCGUGACAGAGUGCGGGAGUUGGAGGCUUAUAUAAAAGCUAAUCUAUAUUUGAAAAAUGAAAAAGAGAAAGACGAAUUGGAUAACUUGAAUAUGUCGGAGCCGGCAUACAUGCCUCCACCUAGAGAACAAAUAGCCGCUGAAUGCGGAUCUGUGGUGGAGUGCUGA